AUGAACGUAAACGCCACCUCAACUGCCAGUGCCAAAAGUAUUGACAACCUACACCAAUAUCAGACCGUCGUGGAAGGCUGCCACUUCGAUGGCCGCACUCCGUGUCACACUGACUUCUCAGAAGACGACACCAUAGACCUCACUCAGGACGGGCCCCAACCAGUUCAGCAGAUCAAGGGCAACAACUCGACUCCUGCCCGAGAAUGGAUAUCAUUGUUGGAGGUUCAGUCUCAGGAGACGGAGGAGACUGAAGAUUACCGAGGUGGCCAGCAAGGCAAGAAGGAGGGAGUGACACUACUGGACGAGGAUACUCUGGUUUGCGAGACAGAGGAUGAGGCGUCAGGCGUACGGAGGGCGAUCUACCAAGAGUAUGAACCGAAAGCAUAUCAUGAGGUCAGCGAGAUCGACUGCAGUGGACAUGAGACGACCGCGCCCAGGCAUGACUCCAUACUGGUGGAGGAUGAUUGUGCAGGUAGUGACAGGGAGGUCCAUGAAGAAGAAGGAGAAAAUACCCCUGUAGACUACGGGAGAGUUCAAAUGCCGCAAGUUAUCAAGUAUAUCUCCAAGGACCAUGACCCUGCUGACGAUGUCGUUGAAGGUGAUGAGGGAGAUCAUGGAUAUGGGAUGGCAGUAGCAGCAACGGUGUUUGACGACGAAUACCUCGACCUCUUGUUCAGCCGGAUCGCACGACUUUACGAACAGUUGCCUACACGCGUCGCCCAAGACAUGCUCCCCUACAUGUUCACCAGCUCCACUCCCAUCUCUUCUGCCUCUUCUUCCUCUAACUUCGAAACCAUCAACAACGGCGACCCUAAUACUACAGCAUCAUCAGCAACAACACAAGCAGUGACGACAUUCUCCCAGCCAAGCAAGACGAAUUGGAAGGAGAAAACCCUUGUGACGAAGAAGCAGAAGGAGGUGUUCGAGGUCGAGAAGAGGGUGGUGCGGUCUGUGCUCGAGAAGGUACGUGAUUCUGAGAGUGCUGAUGAAAUGUUGAUGCAGGGUCGAGGAAACGUAGGAGGGGGAAACGGACGGCGGCGUCGAGGUAGCGGUACCAAUGCUGGCGUUGACGGUGGUGCUUCGCUAAGGGAGCGGGUCGAGUCUGCAAAGGAAGCUGUUGAGGCUGAUGUGGUGCGUGAAGGAGGCAUUCGACGGUACCAUGACGAUCUCGGCCUUGCUGAUGGUAUCGCCUGGAAGUUCGAGCGUUGUCCCCAGAUUUACACCAAGCACAAAGUCUGA